GGCAGUAUUAUUUGACAAGGAUGGAACCCUCCUCCAGUUUACAGAAGGCUGGAUUGAUUCCAUUGUAGGAUUUUUAGAAAAUAAAAUUUUAGAUGGCAAUAAGAAGAGAAAACUUUUCAAAGAAAUUGGCAUAAGGGAAGAUGGCAAAGUAGAAGAAAAUUCAAUUUUAUCUUCAGAAACUGCUAUGGACCUGGCAAUAAUUUUUUCCAAGUAUCUUGAUGAGGACCUAGAUGAUAUUUACAGGGAACUUGACGACCAUCUAUUAAACUAUUUAAAGAAAAAUAAUAAAUUUAUUAGGGAGACCUGUGAUCUAAGGAGUCUUUUUGAAGCCUUAAGAAAUAGGGAGAUUCUCAUAGGAAUUUUCACAUCGGAUAAUUACAGGCAGGCCAAGUAUUCUAUGGACUAUUUGGGGCUUGACUCCUUUAUAGAUUUUUAUGCAGCUGCAGAUAUUUAUAAGAAGAAGCCCGACAAGGAGAGCCUUGAAGUUUUUAAAAAGAAAUAUUCGCUAGAAGACCAAGAAAUAAUUAUUGUUGGGGACUCAAGGGUUGAUAUGGUUUUUAGUGAGGACACUCUAAAGGUUGGGGUCCUAUGUGGGACUGGAUCAAGAGAAAUGCUCUCCAAGUACACAGAAAAUAUAAUAGAUGACCCAAGCCAAGUUUUGAAAUUUUUAUAA